UUUGUUUACUUAGCGCGGCAUCUAUAAUUUAAAUUAUAGCUGGUUAUUACCUAUUUAAACCUUAACUAUUUAAAAAUUGUUGAUAUGUUAUAAAAUAGCGAAUUAAAAAUGUUUACUUAAUGUUUAAACAAACGUGUGUAUGUUUACAAAAUUAAAUGGCGCGUUUUUUUGUAAUUGCUUCAGUCAGCUGACAAAGUAUUCCUAAUGUAUUGUAUAAAUAUUGGAAUAAUAAUUAAAAUUUUUAAUAUAUGGAUAUUAUAUCCUUGCAGAGUUAAUUAUCAUAUAUAAUUGCUUGGAAAAUGUCUGUACAAUGGGGCCUUAAAUUGGAUUAUCCAGUUCAACCGAAUCCAGAAAAAUUUAUAACAAAUUUUAUUAAUUUUGUAAGCGAUGACUCCUCACAGGAACUCCAAGAAGAUCUAUUACUGGCUGACGAACAUUUUUACAAUUUUUUGAAAAAUCAAGAAGAAACUGAUGAAUAUGCUUUGAAGAACGCCUUGUUGAAUUUGCAUACUUUUCUCAUUGAUUAUACAGUUGAGUUUUUCUUUGAAACACCAAAACUUUUUACAUUUAUUGCAAAUCUAUUUGAAGAGAACAAAUAUGAAAAUAUUGAUAUAGUAGAUAUAACUGAGAUAUUCCACAUAUAUUUGCACAACUUUAAGCAGGGCUUUAUAAUGCAUAAAAAGAUGUUUUGUCACGCUUUAAGGCCAAAAGAAAAUGACCUUCCCCUGCUACUGUCGCACGAGGCUACGAAUAGCAUUUUGAGUAUAUCUUUGCGACGCUUAAAAGAUGUGUGGCUGUGUCCUACGGAUGGAGCAAAUAUCUUAUACGAACUUAUAAUCUCAUGUACAGAAGUGCUGGAAUUGUUAUCCCAGCCAGUUGAUAGAAACACUCAAACUGAGUUAUAUGCUUUUGCACAGCAAAUCAAAACUCAUUACCAGUGCUCAAAAGAUCCAAUGAUGUGUCGUAUACAGUACUUGCAGUGUCAAUUUAUUUUGCAAGAUAUGGCGUAUGGAUUCAUACAAUGCAAACAAAAUCCAAAUCUUAUACUGCUGGACCAUCAGCUAGCAGAUUACCAUUUUGAAUUGCAUUGUAAGCGAAGGUAUCAAAAUUUGUUAAACAUUUAUGCACAUGUGAACAUGAGUGAAAAAUGUGAUGCUUUUAAGAAUUACAAAUUGCACUUUAAAAACGCUGUGGCUAUUCUUGGAGGUGACUGUCAGAAUUUCAGUAGUGAGAUGCUUGUAUACAAAGGACCAGACUUAGUAUACACGUUAUUUCAUAUUAAAAGCACUAAACUCUGUCAAAUACUCCUAAAAGCUGUAACAAACUGCGCUGAUCUCUAUGAGGAAAAUUACGACUUGAAACAGAAUGCAGCUAAUUUGUUGUUUCUCUUACUAAAUGAGCCAAAUGAAGAUAUAAAACUGUAUAGCUUCAAGUACAUCAUAUAUUACUUGAUUUCAUUGGUGUUAGCAUAUAAAGAUACAAAUCUUAAAAUUGAUGUGAACACCUGUAAAGCUGAAGCGAAUUAUCAAAUUUUUAGUAUUAUAGUUAGCACUAAAAUUCUGAGGCAUAUAGCGAAUUGGUAUUAUGCGACCUCAAGUAUUGAGAUAAAAACUCUAUGCAUUGAAUAUUUGUAUGCAGCUAUGGAAACAGAGCACAUAUUCAGUGAUUAUAAAUGGGUAUAUUUCUCGGAGGUGUUUAUUGCAGUGUUGCCACUUUUGCAGUGUAUCGAGAGUUCAAGCAAAGCUGGAAAUCGUUUAGAAGAAAUGUUUGAUCCUGAUUCCCCCAGUUUCUCACUUACGUAUCUUCUCAAAUGUAACACAUUAUUUUUGUUCAGUAAGGAGCAACGUCGACGUAGCGAAGCUCUAACACGUAUUAGAUAUUUACUUCAUAAUAUAGACACUGAUCCAGCGUAUAUAUCGAAUUUCUUUGAAAUCGACGAACUGAUACCAAAUGAUGUAUGCGUUAUACCAGUUCCAAUAAAUAUGGAAGACUGUUUCCGUAAAAAUCAAUGUGAUUUUAAUGCUAGACUUCUAAUCGAUUCACUUAAAGAUAUGAAAUUGAGUUUGAUUGACCCUAAUCCAACCAAUUUAAAAAUAGAUGAAUUUGAUGAACUGAUGCAAAACUGGGAGGAAUGCCAGUUAUUCAGUAAAGAGUACGUUGUUUAUACAUUAAGUGUAAUAAGAGCUGCUUUAAAAAAUUGCAUGCCCGAUAUUUUUGAUCCAUAUAUAUUUAAAACUGUCCGACUGAUUUUACGAAUGUUGCUUUGCAAUAUGGAGGUACGAAAUAUCUUGGGUUCAGAUAUUGAGCCAUAUGUGCUGCUAUUGCGGUUAUUGAUAUACUAUAGACAUCAUGAAAUGAUCCGCACUUAUAUUGUUGCAUGUUUGUACGUGAUGGUGACUGGAAACUAUUUAUUGGUAACUGAAAACACUUUUCACCUACCGCAAAUUUUCGAUACAUUAUAUAUACCUUUCAAUCACACUCUUUUGUCCUGGGAGCCAUUAAGCGAAUGUGAAUCAAGUUACCAAAGGAUAUUUAAAACUAAGAGAGAAGAAAGAACUUAUGCAAAAUCUAUUGUAAACAUAGCUAUUUCGAAAAGCUCAAAAAGUCCAAAUAUAAAGCCCACCGUUAAUGAUUUAACUCAGCUUGAUAUAUCAACGGACUUAUUCGUAACAGAUACAGAAUGGAUAAUUUUCCGUUCCACCUCUAUUGAUUACUGUGUCAAUGAAAAUGUAAGAGUAAUUGAUCGCUCUACGGACACAUAUACCAUACUAGUACAUCUUUAUAGACUUAAAAUGUGUUUACAAUUUGAUUCAAAUGAGCUUGCAAUUAAUAAAGAAACUGUGGCAUAUAUGUUUAAUGUUUUGUCUGAAUUACUCUUUAUGAAGCCUGAAAGUGCGUACGAAUUUGAUAUAUAUUUACUGGUGAUUGAAAUUCUAAAUUAUGCCACGCAGUUAGGCUAUGUCAAGGUACUUGAGGGUCUCAUUAACAUAGUCGCUGAUGAAAAAAAUCGAAUGUUAGCACUCUUACUUACGCCGGAUAUACCGAUUAGACUUUCUUACCAUGUCUGUGAUUUGUUCAUUGUUUUAAUAAGUAGAAUUAGUUUGGUAAAAGACAACCGCAUCAUUCCAGAUUUAUUUUGUACGUUGGACUUCAUGUUAAGCGAUAUAUCUAAGGGCAUAAUUCGUUGUGUAUACAAUGUGUUGUUACACCUCUCGAGAUUUAACUUACAUUGCAGCGAUACGGAAUUACAAGACUAUUGCAACAAAUAUUUUGCUUAUUGCUUCCACGCCAAAUACUAUAAACAAUUUGCUAAUCCAAAUGUACGCAUGCUCUUCGAAAUUAUUCUAAAUUUUGUACACCAAAUGGAAGCUCCGGAAUUGUACUUUAAUGUGUGCGAUAUAAAGUUGCAAAAUGAUUCACUUUUGCAAUACCUGAGCGGUAUGUGCAGUGACUGUGAUGCAAGAGUGCGAUAUUUUUCCUGGUCAUUACUAACACAAUUUGCAAAAAAUGAGGACUCCGCUCUAGCAAUAAUAAACGAACUUAAUUACUUUCCUGGUGGCUUUUUGUCCUGUGCAAUAUCAACGUUUUUGGAUUGUACUGAGACAAUGAAUGUACGUUAUAUGGCUGGUAACUGUUUUUCGGUUUUAUUGGUAAAUAAUAAAAUUGAUUUUAAACAUAUAUGUAAUGUGCUAAAUGUAAACAGAUUUGAUGAGGAAAUGUUUACAGGCCUCAGCCGGUUUACUUACGAAGGAUUCAAAUCAAAUCAUUUAAAGAAGGAUGGGCGUGCUUAUAUAUCGGCUGAGCUUAUAGUUAUUGUAACUAAAAUAUAUAAAACAUUAAUAGAUAUUCACAAGCCAUUUGCAAAAGAAUUAAUUAGAAAACCAAUAAUGUCUUAUCUUUGUAAAGUUGUAGGAUGUACUUCCUUCAAACAAGAUGAGAUAUUUUACAUAAUGUGUGCAAACGUUUGCCAGCUAUACUGGUGUUGUGACCCAGCUUUUGUCGAUUGUGUUCUUUGUUCCGAUAUCGAUUGGUUUAAAGCAUUUUAUUCAUUCUUUCAUUUCGAAAAUGUUAAACGAGAAAUUGUAACAAUUUUCAUCGAGUUUCUUAUGUUUUUGUGGGAUGUAAAUAAUGAUGUAUAUAAGCAAAUAUGUGAUGAAAUGCUUAAAAAGCCUUCGCCAAUGAUAACACUGAUUGUUAUGUAUAUGAAAGAUGAAUCGCGAAUGCAGACCACAGCAUUGACUCUUUUGGAAGAACUUUUAUUAAAGUCACAAGAAAACAAAAAUAUAAAUAAAAAUUUUGCACAUGUCUUGGAAGAGCAAAUUUUUCUCAAACCUAAUUACUAUAAGGUGAUCUUUGGAAAAGAACAGUUUAAAGAAAAAAGUGCUGUGCCCGAGUUAAAUCUUACAAAAGGAUUGAAACUUCAAGUGGGGAGUUUGCUGUUUCAGUGUCUAAAUGGAAAAUUCGAAGAGAAUGGCCGCACAAAUCUAGUCAAGGAAUACACGGAAGUAACUUUGCAAAUCAUUAAAUGCUUGUGUACUCUAUUGAAUAUAUCAGAAUCAGCACAAAAGGCAGCAAUUGAUUUGGAUUUCGUAAAGACGAUUAUUAGCAUAUUCGACGAUUUUUUGUCUGAAAAUAUGUUAGGGACUGUCGAGAUUAGACGACGCUUUAUGGAAAAAAAACGAAAAGCCAUUACUGAGAACAUGAAAUGGAUAUUCGAAAUAUUGGUUCAUUGGUUCACAUCGCCAAAUGCUAAGAUUGUCAAUGAAGAGGAUGCAGCCGCCUUAGCUGAGCUUUGUAUAAAGAUUUGGCCCUGGCUAUUCUUCUCGAUUGAGUUAAAAAUUACCGUUUUUCGAGCCUGUGUCUGCGUUGCUGCACGUUCAGCUGCAGUGUGUCGGGAAUUUACGAAUCGGACGUGCAUGAAUGUAUUGGAUAAAAGGAAUACUGUUCUGUCGUUGAUUUUAGAUACCAUAAGACCGGAAUCACUUAAAUCGAAAUGUAUGUGUGAGCUUUCGAUUUUCUUAAUACACUAUGGCGUGCGAGUUCUAAUGAAUUGUUGCAUACUUUAUCCGGAGACCCGUUCAUUUUUAUUAAGAUCGAACAUAAUGAACAUUUUCGAAACUUUUCAUCCGUUAACACCAAAAGCACCAGUAAAAAAUACAAUUGUCGUUCAUGACUGGCUGCAGUUCUGGGAGUUAUAUAGUCGUUAUAAAGAAGGCAUAUCACUGCGUCAUAUUAGUGCUCUAUGUGGUGUCAUUGAGAAACGAGAAAGUAUUGAUAAUAAAUUGCGAUUGCUAUGUUUGAAAAUUGUACGCAACAUUUGCUUUACUUCAAAAAAUCGCGUUUGCUUUAUAGGCCACGAUGACUUCUUGAGCAUUGCAUACUCUAUUGUCUUGUUUGCUGCGUCUCCGAAUCAACAAAUUAAGAACUACGAGGAGCAGCUGAUUGUAAUUAUAACAAUUGCGUUUUUGGCUGCUGGUGGCUCUAAGUAUGUAAGCAUAUUACGGGGAACUAAAUUGAUGGCAAAAGUUCAACAGCUACAUGAGAUUUUAAUAAAAUUAAGCAAGAAUGAAGGGAAAUUUAAUUCGAUUAAAUAUGCCGGAGAGUUGAAAAAUAAUCUUGAUAAUUUAAUGCUAACGUUUAACUGAAUGAAUCAUCUGAUUGAUGAUUACAUCUAACCUUCUAGGCUAUUAACAUUAAUGCACUAUGUACUUUAAGAAAAUAUCAUAACUACUUAACAUACAUACUUAUGCCAUCCUUACACA